AUGAAACCUUAUUGCAAUGGUUGUAAAACUUUUAAAUCAUGUAAUGAAUUUAUGGGUUAUGAUGCCAAAGGUGCAUCCAAGCAGUUUAAAACAUGUAAUAAAUGUCAUCCAAGAUUCAACAAAAAACCAAAAAAAAGACCUUUAGAGUCUGAUGAUACUCAAUCCCAUGAUGAGAAUGAAGUUAUUGAUAUUGAGUUCUUAAGUGAAAUAGUUACAACUCUUUUGAAGUCUACACCACAAGAAUUGCAUCUAAAUUAUGAGGUAAAUAUUGCCAAUAAGAAUUUAGGUAAAGAUAUUUCAUAUGUCACUAAUAGUAUCGUUGAUUUGAUUGAAGAUGCUGAUAAAUAUA